AUGCCGAACACCGGUAGACCAAGCCGCGACUGUGAUUCCUGCCGGAAAAGACGCAUCAAGUGUGAUCUUAAGUAUCCAGAGUGCAGUCAAUGCUUACGGAAGAAAUGGAAAUGUCCUGGCUACAGGAAAGAGAGCGAUGUGCUCUUCCGGACAGAGACAGUUCUGUCAUUCCCAGAUAAUCAGAGUAGAGAUCGGCGGAGAACUCAAACCCGACAAGCAGAGCGUGAAGACUUUUUCAAGAAGCAGGAUGAAGUCCGGUCAUUAUCCAAACAACCGUCACACUACCCCAGGAGAACCAUGAUAAGCAAAUCUUUAACAGAGACCUGGAAUAACCAUUUCAUACCCUUGGCUCUAACCGGGAUGCGAUCCUCGACUGAUAUGCCGUUGACUAUUAUCAACACUAUCUCGCAUUUGAUAUCACAAGAGAAGCGGGAAUCUGCGCUAUAUGGAGCCUUUAAUGCCCUGGCGUGUGUAUUCCUAGGACAGACCGAUCGCUCGAAGAAUGCCUUGGCUCUUCGCAUAAAGUCAUAUAGAAAUGCUCUCACUGCAAUUAAUAGCACUCUUCGCGAUCCGCAAAAGUGCAAAUCGAACAGUACGCUUCUCGCUAUUUGGGUACUUGGAGUGUAUGAGUUUAUUGCCGACCCGACGAAUAUGGGUUGGCAUAUUCAUAGUGAAGGCCUGAUCAAUCUAUUUCGACUGCGUGGUUCAGAGAAUUAUGCCACAGAGGACGGAAGGAAUCUAUUCUUGCUUGUAUUUAACAAUCUCCAAAUACAAGCCAUCAGAACAGGGCAAGAAAGCUAUAUCACCGAGUCCAUUACAUUGGUCCACGAUCUCGCCGACCAUUGCCAUUCAUCCGAAUACUUACCUCUUCGGACUUGUAUUUUCACCUACCACUGUGCUCUGCUAUGCAGUCGGAUCCGAAGACUACUCAACGAAGCAAAUGACGCAGAACUGCUUUCCAACGCAGCAUCAAUCUUGCAAGAUCUGGAUACCGUCGAGACUAAGACUGAUCCUCUAAGUGACAAGAGGUUCAUCACAAGCAAUAUAGUCGAACCGCCACUUCCUGCUGCAUACAGCAGCAAAGGCUCCAACACAGUCCCAUCUCACCCGACAAUGAUCGAUUCAAUCUACCGCGGGUCAAUCAUGUAUAGGAUAAACUGGCGGAUACGAGUAUCCUUGCAUGUUCUCGAGUUUUUACAACAAGCAACUGUCGCGGCGAAUUGCACAUCGUCGCAAAGAAUCACAUAUACGCUGUAUCGGCUUCGAUGUAUAGAUGAGCUUCGCGCAUUAGUUGAGAGGGCAGCGUUUUAUCUUGGAACGGAACACGAUAAACAGGGAUCGGUUCAUGAGCUUGCCUGUCAUAUUCGGACUAAUCUACUACCGAGGACGGGGCCGAGUGAUGGUAUUCAGGAUUUUGUUGUCGAAGAGCCUUAG